AUGAAAGAAAUGCUUGGGGGAUGUUGUGUCUGCUCCGACGAGAAUGGAUGGGCAGACAACCCCCUUAUCUAUUGUGAUGGUCCCGGCUGUGAAGUUGCUGUUCAUCAAGGUUGUUAUGGUAUUCAAGUGGUGCCAGAAGGGGAAUGGCUUUGUGCUAAAUGCCAAGCUUCAACAUCUUUUGAAGGGGAAAAUAAAGCUGCUCGCUGUGAGCUAUGUUCUUUCAGUUAUGGAGCACUCAAACGAACGAAUAAGAAUGGAUGGGCUCAUGUUAUUUGCGCCUUAUACAUACCCGAAGUUCGUUUCGGUGAUGUACACAGUAUGGACCCUGUGAUUCUGACUGAUAUUCCCGUUGAAAGGUUUAAUAAACCAUGUUACCUCUGUGAGUUAACUGGGGACCCCGUUGCUGCAGCAAUUGGAGCUUCGAUGUACUGCAAUAAGACCGGUUGCAAGAGAGGCUUUCAUGUGACAUGCGCCCAGCAGCAUGGUCUAUUAUGUGAAGAAGGAGGUGCCGGAAAGAAUGUGAAAUAUUGUGGUUAUUGUGCUCAUCACAUGAAGAAAGCUGCCUUAGAUCCCUGUAUAAAACGGAUUCCUCCCUGUCGAAUCCGUGCUCAUCCUUCGAGCAAACCGGAGAUUUGCCAGCCAACUCCACCUAGCAGCAACAGCAGCGGUCAUAUGUUAGUUGACCCUAUAGCCCGAUCUGAACAAGUUGUUUCGGUAUUGGGUCUAACACAACCAACAGCGGACGAUGCACAUUUGGUUAACAAUUUUUCGCCACCCCUAACAACUUCUAGUAGAUCUUCUGUUGUGCUAGAUGCUACACCUCCUAUGUCUAGUAACACGCCCAAGCAUGAGAUGUCAGAUCCCGUGCCGAACGGUCCCUCUAACACGUCGUUACAUGAUUUCGGUAACGUAGCUAUCGGUGGACAAAAUCAUAAUCGGUUAAACAACUCACACGAUUCUGAUGAAAAGUCUUUGAUAGAAGGUUUUAAUAGCACUAGUCCAUUAACAUCUAAGCUUAUCCCAGUUAUAGGUAACAAACGUCCACGUGAUUUGAAACCUGAUCCCCUAGGUGACAAAUCAAAGAGGCCUAGGCCUAAUCAUCGGCAAACUCAAUCUAAAAACAUGAAGGCUCUAUUAGAUGCCGUUGGGCCUCUUGUUUCCGAAACAGUUUCCGAUUUCCAAAGAGAUCGUGCUGCUGUUCGUAGCGAAGCUGAACGUCGUGUCGUUGUACAGGCUACCCCUUGCACUUCCCACGACCCUUCGCCGACUUCUGGUCAGUACCCUCAUCAAUUUGUCCCUCUUGGUCAUCCAGGAGCCCCCGGUGUUCAUGCUCUUGGCUCCAGCCCCACAUCAACUAGAACAACUUGCACUUUACCGUCAUCAAUGGAACAACUGUUGGAGAGACAAUGGGUGCAAGGAUCUCAAUUCUUGAUUUCUCAUGCUCAGUUUGAUGUAGCUCAACUAUUAAAUUGUUUGCAUCAAUUGAAGUCAGAGAAUAUCCGGUUAGAAGAACAACUCUGUGCUCUGAAUAGGAGGAGAGACCAUUUGUUGGCUCUUAAUGCGAGACUCCAAAUCCCUCUUUCUGCUGGCGUUACCUUAACUCCCAUGUCUCAUCAUGGCAUGCCAGUAACCUCAUUAGCACAGCACACCCAAAUACCGCUUGUAAGUCCGCAUCAUUCUCCGAAGGUUACUGCUCCGGCAGCCCCAGUAGCUCAACAUCCGGCUCCUCCACCUGUAUCUGCUUCUCUUCCUAUUCCUGUUCCGCCAAGUUCCAUAUCAGAUGACUCCAUGAGUCAAAUGAGGAAUUUAGCAACUGGAGGGAUGAAAACAGCAGCAGUUGCAGCCGCAGCUGCAGCAGCGGCUGCAGCGGCAGCUAACGCUUCCGGAAUACCAAACUCUUCUGCUCCUUCCCAUCCAAUACCUCCCUCAAAUGUUUCUAGCCAUUUUACACAUGUUUCGCACGCGAGGACGCAAAACACUAGUAACAUCCCGUCCGUGCAAGCGUCAACUGCUGUAACAACAUCAGUACCAGCUAAUCAUUCCUCAACACCAUCUACACCUCAAGCUACUCAGCCACCAACAUCUUUGUCGAACGCGAGCAUUAAUGACUUAGUGUCUUCACUGAACCUAAACAGUCCUUUAGUGGCUUCAUUAAAUCCCUCGCUGUUCAACAGGAGUAGUAACCAGCUGUUACCAACUGAUUCGAUCAUGGCUCAAAUCUUAUUACAACAUGCUGCCGUAACCCAAAGCCAGUUAAGGUUGCAACAGAACUCUGCUGCAGGAUUAUUGUCCUCCUUCGGAAGUCUGAUGCCAACUAUUAACGGUGGUGCUGGGCAAGGAAGUAAUGUUGGCCAAUAA